AUGGUCCCUACUAGUUUUGUUCUAGAAGUUUCUAAAUUAAAUCUCUACGGCAGAUGUAUGAACGGGAAGAUAAACUUCAGAGAGAAGGAGAAACAAAUUCUGGAUCAAAUCCUAGGUCCGGGGAGAUACGACGCCCGCAUCAGACCUUCAGGAAUCAACGGCACUGAUGGACCGGCAAUAGUUAAUAUUAACCUGUUCGUCAGAAGUAUAACAACUAUAAGCGACAUUAAGAUGGCGGCAGGUGAGUAUUUAGUGGUGUGGUACACAGAAGGCACCGUGACUGACACGUAUGCUCCACUAGGGUUUAGUUCUCUUUUUUUUUGUAAUGAUAUAUCAACAGUAUAUUUUGCUUGGUACUUAGAUGGGCCAGCCGUAGUCAGCGUCAAUAUAUUUGUCCGAAGUAUAUCAAAAAUCGAUGACGUCACAAUGGUAAGCGAUGCGCCAACGUUAGUUCGCGUCAACCUGUACCUCAGAUCCAUCAGCAAAAUAGAUGAUUACAAAAUGGAAUACUCUGUCCAAUUGACAUUCAGAGAACAAUGGUUAGAUGAGAGAUUGAAGUUUAAUAAUUUAGGGGAUCGUCUCAAGUACUUGACGCUCACGGAAGCAAACAGGGUUUGGAUGCCUGAUCUGUUCUUCUCCAAUGAGAAGGAGGGUCAUUUCCACAACAUCAUCAUGCCCAACGUGUACAUCAGGAUCUUCCCCAACGGAAACGUGUUAUACAGCAUCCGUAUCUCUCUCACUUUAUCAUGCCCGAUGAACCUUAAACUAUAUCCGUUGGAUAAACAGACAUGUUCACUGAGAAUGGCCAGUUACGGCUGGACAACUGAUGACUUGGUGUUCCUGUGGAAGGAAGGUGACCCCGUGCAGGUUGUCAAGAACUUACACCUGCCUAGAUUUACUUUGGAGAAGUUCCUCACAGAUUACUGCAAUAGCAAGACUAAUACCGGUGAAUACAGCUGUUUGAAGGUGGACCUGCUGUUCAAGAGAGAGUUCAGUUACUACCUCAUCCAGAUCUACAUUCCCUGCUGCAUGCUGGUCAUAGUGUCCUGGGUGUCCUUCUGGUUAGACCAGGGAGCUGUUCCCGCAAGAGUGUCCCUUGGAGUGACAACCCUACUGACGAUGGCCACUCAGUCAUCUGGUAUCAACGCGUCCCUCCCCCCCGUCUCAUACACGAAGGCCAUCGAUGUAUGGACGGGGGUAUGUCUGACCUUUGUGUUCGGAGCUCUAUUGGAGUUCGCGCUGGUCAACUAUGCGUCUCGCUCUGACAUGCACAGAGAGAAUAUGAAGAAAACGAGACGGGAGAUGGAAGCGGCCGCCAGCAUGGACGCAGCGUCAGACCUCUUGGACACAGACAGUAACACGACCUUCGCUAUGAAGCCGUUGAUGCGCGGUGCCGGUGACAAGAUGCGUCAGUGUGAGAUACACAUCAAGAGCAAGCCCAAGAACUGCUGCCGCCUCUGGAUGUCCAAGUUCCCGACGCGCUCCAAGCGCAUCGAUGUGAUCUCACGCAUCACCUUCCCGUUGGUGUUCGCGCUCUUCAACCUCGCCUACUGGUGGGUAUAUCUUAAUAUCAUACACUAA